GCACAGACGGGCAGUGGAGGCCUGUGGAGAAGGUGCUGCCAUUGCAAGAGACUCUGGGAAGGAUCUGUGUCUUCGUUAAGGUUUCGACGACAUUCUACCUCUAGAAGAUGGAUUUCAACAAUGUUCUUUAUAAAAUCGGGGAAGAACUGGGCCGGGAAGAUAUGGCUGCCCUCAAGUUCCUGAGCCUGGACCACAUUCCACAGGGGAAGCAGGAGCACAUCAACGAUUUCUUGACGUUCUCCGAGAAACUCAAGGAGAAGAGGCUGCUGGAGGAGGGCAACCUGUCCUUCCUAAAGGAGCUGCUCUUCCGGAGCAAUCGGCUUGAUCUGCUGGAUACUUACCUGCACACUAGCAUGGAGGAGAUGAAGCGGGAACUCCAGAUCCCUGGCCGUGCUCAGAUUUCUGCCUUCAGGGUCAUGCUUUUGCAGGUUUCAGAAAAUGUAAACAAAGAAGAAUUGAAGGAUUUUAAGUUUUUUUUGCGACAAAAGAUCCCCAAAUGUAAACUGGAUGGUGACAUGGACUUGCUGGAUGCUUUCAAAGAGAUGCAGAAGAUGGCCAUCCUGGGAGAGAGAAACCUGGACAUCCUGAAAAGCAUCUGUGACCAAGUGGACAAGAGUUUGCUGGAGAUAAUCAGCGAUUAUGAAAAGUUGCCCAGAGAGAGAAGAAUGAACCUCGAAAGAAGUCCUGAUGCGUGCUCAAACGGGGAGGAGAUAUGUGAGACACUGGCAGUAUCCAACCCUCUGAGAGAACAGGACAGCACAUCACAGUCACAGACAUCAGACAAAGUUUACCCAAUGACAAACAUGCCUCGGGGAUACUGUUUGAUCUUCAACAAUAAUGAUUUUAGUGAAGCCCGGAGGGAUGUGCCCAGACUCCGAAACAUUAAGAACAGGAAUGGAACAAACUUUGAUGCAGAGGCUUUGCGCGAGACCUUUACCAAGCUUCUCUUUGAGGUAGUAGAUUACAAAGACUGCACAGCCAGCAAACUUUGUGAGAUUCUGAAGUUCUACCAAAGCACGGACCACAGCAACAAGGAUUGCUUCAUCUGCUGCAUCCUCUCCCACGGAGACAAGGGCAUCAUCUACGGCACCGAUGGUCAAGAGGUCUCCAUCUAUAACCUGACAUCUUAUUUCACUGGUUUGCGGUGUCCUUCCCUUGCUGGAAAACCCAAACUCUUUUUUAUUCAGGCCUGUCAAGGGGAUAACUACCAGAAAGGUGUACCUGUUGAGACCGACUCAGAGCAGAAGGGUGAUUAUUUAGAAAUGGACUUAUGUCAGAGGAGAUAUAUCCCAGAAGAGGCCGACUUUCUGUUGGGGAUGGCCACCGUGGAUAACUACGUUUCCUUCCGAAGUACUGUGGAGGGAACUUGGUAUAUCCAGUCACUUUGCCGGAGCCUGAGAGAAAGAUGUCCCCGAGGUGAUGACCUCCUCUCCAUCCUGACUGACGUGAACUACGAAGUAAGCCACAAGGAUGACAAGAACAUGGGGAAGCAGAUGCCUCAGCCCACCUUCACACUAAGGAAAAAACUCAGACUCCCUCUGAAGUGACACUGCUCUUUAGAUGCAUAACACUAUGCUGAAUUCUUUAUUAAUCUGUGAUUUUUUUUCUUAAUUUAUUACUAUUUUGCAC